AUGUCUCCACAGGGAAUCCGAAUCUGUGAAGCGCCGUCGAGUCGCGGUCUCGACACUCACAAGAUUGUUGGGGAAUACAUAGCCCUGCGAGCAUCGUCUCUGGGAGUGAUACCUGUACCAGAAGACCUAGUGAACACUGUGAGCAUGGUUUCGGCUUCUCAAUCGCGGGAGCUGCUUCAAAAUAUACGAGAUCGGGAGACGCGGCUAGUCACAGUGAGCAGAGCGAUACAAAAGAUAACAUAUGGGACGUACUUUGCGUCACUUGCGAUGUCACUGAGAAGGUCCUUUGCCGGCAACGUGCUGAUGGAAUCUGACCUUGGUGAUGGCGAAGGGCUAUCUGAACUACCCUCAUCUCACAAGAACUAG